ACUAUAGUUUAUUUUAUUUGAUAGGUACAUAAUCAUAAUCAAUUGGUUUUCUUUUUUCUAGUCCGACGGAAGGCCACGACUGCUUGACUAGUCUGUGAAUGUUAAAUUCGAAGAUUGACGUAGGAUAGGAUAACAUUUUGACAUUAAUUUUGUGUUUAAUAUCAUAAGUAUUUGAAAUUAAUUGUAUAAUACUGUAAUAUAAUUCCGCAAUAACACGUUAACGAGUAUGUGAUUCGUAGUUUUAUUGUAAUAAAACAGUGUUAUUUAAAGUCCAAAGUGCAUUAAGUUGUUUUCUCAAGUUUUGUGAUUUGUGAAAAUGUCUUUAGAAGAAAAAUUCACCGCAGCGGUCAAUGUUAUCAAGAGUUUACCAAAAAGUGGAUCAUACCAGCCUAGCAAUGAUAUUAUGCUGAAAUUCUACAGUUUCUACAAACAAGCACUAGAGGGGCCAUGCAGUAAGGAUAAGCCAGGAUUUUGGGAUGUUGUCAACAGAGCGAAAUGGGAGGCUUGGAAGAAAUUGGGCGACAUGUCGUCGGAAGAAGCGAUGCAGCUGUACGUUAAUGAGUUACAUAAGAUAGUGGAAACGAUGUCGUAUAACAGAGAUGUCGCUUCCUUCCUCUUGGUCAGUGAUGAGGAAGACGGUUUUCCGAGCGCAGACCUGCAACUGGUGGCCGGCGAUAUCCUCGCGAGGUGUAGGAAUGAUUCGCUCGAGAAUUCGCCCAUAUAUUCCCGCUCAGUGAGCAGCGCGUCGUCGCCCACGCAGGACGCGAGUCCGCCGCGCGUGCGGCACGACUCCGACGACGAGUUCAUCGACACCGUCGACGAUACUGUCAACGAGAUCGAACCCGUCCGAACACAGAGCCCCCCCCGUCUCAGCAACGGCCACGCGUAUCAGAUAACUUCUCAACUUACACAUCUAAAGGUGCUGGAACAGUUGCCAGGCGUGCUCGCGAGACUAGAAGCGGACGUGGCUGCUCUCAGGAAAGCGGUGGAAGGCGACAGGAGGAUAUUGGACCAAGUCUCCCGUGGCUGGCGGUGGCCGUGGCAAGAGUUGAGUCCACCGACGCUGAUCCUCAUCGCUGUGUGGCCUUUUAUUGCGUAUCGCAUCGCGUCCCGCCUGCAGCGCAGAAACACUUAACCUUAAAGUACUACCGAUACUAGGUGCGUGUUAUGCAGACGUUGUACGUUGGAUAUUCGACAAAUUGUGAUUUUUACAUACAUAGUUUUUAUAUGACUUAACUGUAUUUUUCUGUUGUAGCAACACACGCUUUUUUCGAAAUAUUUAAAAAGCAAACUUGGAAGGGAAUUUGUUAGAAAUGGGAUAGCAGUUGUUGGUU